UCUCUCCCUCUCUUCUCUUCUUCUUCCGCUUUUCAACACACGUUCUAUCUACUCUCCUCAUUUCUACUCGGCAAGCCCUCUCAAAUCAAAGCCAAAGGCAAAAAUCAAUUGUGAUGAUGUUGCCUCUUCGUCGAGCCUUUAAUCCUUUCCGGAAACAAAGUUUUAGGGUUGGGACUUCCCAAAUUUGCAAUGAAUUAGAAACAGCAAGGUGCACGGUGGAGAACUGCAAUUCAGGAUAUACUGGACCUCAUCAACUGAUAUCCAAUAAGCAUUUGUCUCUGACACGAUUCUUCAACACAACAUGUGAUUCUCCAAAAUUACUUCUGGGUACCCGCAGUUUUGCUUCUCAGGCUGGCACAAAGAGCAGUGGAGAAGAUGAUGAUGAUGAUUUGGAGGAUGGGUUUUCUGAACUUGAAACUUCAACUACCUCUAAUAUCACUAAUGAAAGUGAUGCAACCCACAGAAAUGAGGAUGAUUUAAUCUCUGAGCCAGAACUCUCUGAAGAGGAUGAUGAUGACAUUGGGGUGCACAAACCUCAAGAUGAGCUGGAAUUAUCAGAUGCUGAGGACGACAAAGGCAAGAAAACUCUGCAGAAAACUGCUUCAUCAGAAUUGUUCAAGGUCAUUUUGGCUGCUCCAGGUAUAUCUGUUCAUAAGGUUGCAGACAAAUGGCUUGAAGAAGGAAAUGAAGUGACCCGCUCUGAAAUAGCAUAUACCAUGCUCAAACUGCGCAGGCGACGGAUGUUUGGGAGGGCUUUGCAGCUCUCAGAGUGGUUGGAGUUGAAAGGUGGUCACGAGUUUGGUGAGAGAGAAUAUGUUUCUCGUCUUGAUUUGAUUGCCAAAGUGCGUGGUAUUGAGAAGGCAGAAAAUUACAUUCAGAACAUCCCAAAAUCCUUCAGAGGUGAAAUUCUUUAUCGUACUCUAUUAGCUAAUUGUGUGGCUGUAGCAAAUCUGAAAAAGGCUGAGGAUGUUUUCAAUAAGAUGAAGGAUCUGGGGUUCCCAAUUACUAGCUUUGCUUGUAAUCAGUUGCUGCUUUUGUAUAAGAGGUGUGAUAAGAAGAAAAUUGCUGAUGUUCUGUUGUUGAUGGAGAAGGAUAAUGUAAAGCCUUCCCUCUUCACAUAUAAAAUUUUGAUAGACGCUAAAGGUCAAUCAUAUGACAUUACUGGGAUGGAAAAAAUUGUGGAGACAAUGAAGGAUGACGACAUAGAACCUGAUUUUGCAACAAAAGCCUUAUUAGCUAGGCACUACAUCUCUGGUGGGCUAAAGGAGAAAGCUGAGAGUCUGUUGCAGGAGAUGGAGAGAGUAGAUAUAAAAGAAAACCGUUGGGCCUGCCACUCUUUCCUUCAUCUAUAUGCAGACCUUGGAAAAGCUGAUGAAGUUCACAGAAUAUGGAAAGUUUGUGAAUCUAGACCGCGGCUUCUGGAAUGCCUAGCAGCUAUUGAAGCUUGGGGAAAGCUAAAGAAGGUCGAAGAAGCAGAAGCAGUCUUUGAAUCUAUGGCGAAAAAAUGGAGUAAGCUGUCUGGGAAGCAUUAUUCGGCUCUACUGAAAGUCUAUGCAAAUCAGAAAUUGCUGGACAAAGGAAAGGAUCUUGUGAAGCGGAUGGCUGAUAGUAACUGCUAUAUAGGGCCACUGACUUGGGAUGCGCUUGUUAAGCUUUAUGUUGAUGCUGGUGAAGUGGAAAAGGCUGACUCCAUACUACAGAAGGCUGCAGAACAGAACCGGAUGAGGCCACUGUUUAGUUCUUUUAUGGCCAUUAUGGAUCAGUAUUCGAAGAGAGGUGAUGUACACAAUACUGAGAAGCUGUUCCACAAGAUGAGAAAAGUGGGGUAUGUAUCCCGUAUUCGACAGUAUCAAUCGCUUGUUCAGGCCUAUAUUAAUGCCAAGACACCUGUAUAUGGUUUCCAUGAGAGGAUGAAGGCCGACAAUAUAUUCCCCAACAGAGCGUUGGCAGCUCAAUUGGCUCAGGUGGAUCCCUUUAAAAAGACGGCAGUUUCAGACUUGCUCGAUUAAGGUCAAUUUUCUGGUUGCAGAAUUGCUGUCAAGCAAUGCGGUUAUAAAUUGACCACAUCAUCUUCUUCGUAUUCAAAAUUAGUCUUACCAGUCAAAUGUAGGUUGAAGACUAAGAUUUCUUGGUUCUUGUAGGUUUUGGAGAUGUUCCCUUUUCGCUAUUGAUAACUUGAGAUCUACUAAUUCUUUUUUAACUAAUUUUUUUCCCAGUAUUUGCUUGUAACUCCGCCAUAGGGUAUGCCGGUAUGCUCCUGCUGACUCGAAUCUGGUUGCUGUGUCUCCCUGAUUCAUUGGUAAAAAGGUUGGUAUUAAAUCUGUCUGCAAUUUGCAAGAUUGCAGCAUGUCAUUAAAGCGAGUCCAAGGAAAAUUUUUGGC